AUGUCCAGCCUAUGUUAUUUCCUGCAGUGUAGAUUGUUGCCGAUCUGCGCUGAAGGCAUCACCAUUACAACCGACAACGCAAAAUCCCAUGGUUUAAUCCCAUCCUCGUUGCCACUCUCAAGGUCCGGAAGGAGGCGUAACGCCGUGCAUCAUGAUAGCCAGAGACGAAACUGUCUCACUUGCAAUGGCCAGAAGAAGAAGGAGAAGAAGCACAUCAGUAGGUGGGAUAGCCUUCCCAGCACAGCGUCGACCACAGCACCACACGAAUCCAAAUCAAGCACCGCUGCAAAGCAGAAGGGUUUGCGAAGGAGUGUCAGCUAUCCGUCAGAAGUUCUGGACAUUUCCAUGAAUCCUCCUCGUAGACCACAGCGCCAACUGAGUUUUACCCGUAGGGAUGUCAAAAAUGCAAGCUUCGAGAAACCAGGGGGUGCCCCUGUUGUAUCUUCCGUGGAGGGACACGCAAUGGGAAGAUCGCCAGCAUCCUGUAAUGACACAGUUGCUCUGCUGGGCUUGGCUCCUGUUCCUUCUCGCGGAGAGCUCCCGCAAAUAACUCGGCCAAGCGCUUUCCCUCCUUCGGCGUGA